AGGGCGGACUCCUGGACGGCCGCGCGCCCGGGAACCCGGCGCCCACAGAGCCGUGGCACCAUGGCACCUGCCGGACGCCCGGGGGCCAAGAAGGGGAUUUUGGAACGCCUGGAGAGUGGGGAGGUUGUGAUUGGAGAUGGCAGCUUUCUCAUUAGUCUGGAGAAGAGAGGCUAUGUGAAGGCUGGGCUCUGGACUCCAGAGGCAGUGAUAGAACACCCAGACGCAGUUCGUCAACUUCACAUGGAAUUCUUGAGAGCAGGAUCAAAUGUCAUGCAGACUUUCACCUUUUCUGCCAGUGAGGACAAUAUGGAAAGCAAGUGGGAAGAUGUGAAUGCUGCUGCCUAUGACCUCGCCAGGGAAGUGGCUGGCAAAGGUGAUGCUUUAGUUGCAGGGGGGAUCUGCCAGACAUCAAUAUACAAAUACCACAAAGAAGAAGCUAGAAUUAAAAAACUUUUUCGACAACAGCUAGAAGUUUUUGCCUGGAAAAAUGUGGACUUCUUGAUUGCAGAGUAUUUUGAGCAUGUUGAAGAAGCUGUGUGGGCUGCGGAAGUCUUAAAAGAAAACGAUAGACCCGUGGCAGUUACCAUGUGCAUAGGCCCAGAGGGAGACAUGCAUGAUACAACCCCCGGAGAAUGUGCCAUGAGGCUGGUGAAGGCAGGGGCUUCCAUCAUUGGCGUGAACUGCUGCUUUGGGCCCGAGACCAGCUUGAAGACGAUGGAGCUCAUGAAGGAGGGUCUUGAGCAGGCAGGGCUGAAAGCGCACCUCAUGGUGCAGCCCCUGGGGUUCCACACGCCCGACUGUGGCAAAGAGGGGUUUGUUGACCUCCCAGAAUAUCCCUUUGGACUGGAGUCCAGAGUUGCCACCAGAUGGGAUAUUCAAAAAUAUGCCAGAGAGGCCUACAACCUGGGGGUCAGGUACAUUGGCGGGUGCUGUGGAUUUGAGCCCUACCACAUCAGGGCAAUUGCAGAGGAGCUGGCCCCAGAAAGGGGCUUUUUGCCACCAGCUUCAGAAAAACAUGGCAGCUGGGGAAGUGGUUUGGACAUGCACACCAAACCCUGGGUUAGAGCAAGGGCUCGAAGGGACUAUUGGGAGAAUCUGCUGCCAGCUUCAGGCAGACCUUUCUGUCCUUCGCUGUCAAAGCCAGACGUCUAAGGAGUAGUGAAAGAAAACCCUGAAAUAACAGAACAGAAAAAAGUUGCCCUCAAGCCCGACCUGGAACCCUUCCUCGCCUUCAUCCUCACCAUGCCCUGCUAUCUCCAGCUGCUGAGCAGCUGAGGUUCUGCAGCCCCUUCCCUUCCAGUCCACAAGCGCGUACAUAUUGAGCUCCUGCUGUGGUUAAGCACUGCAACAGACGCUACCAGAGAUGCAGAGAAGCGAGAGGCACCUUGUCCUCCAAGAACUUACUGGCCAAUAAUGCUGCAGUGCAUUCCUUUGAAGAUCAUCAGGAAUAGCCAAACUUGUCUUUGAGGGUGAAUUUGACAGUUUAAAAUAAUCAGAAGUCACUGAGACCCAAAGCUAGUGAAUAAUUCAAGUGACUAAGUUAGGUACUUGAGGAUGAUAGAGCAACACUAAACUAAAGCAAUGAGUCUGCUUUUCUUUAAUGAUUUAUAUGAUAACUCCAAAGGCAAUCCCAAAAGAAAAGAUGUAAAGAAUUUUUUUUUUGUUUUUUUUUUUUUUUGAGG